GUCUGCUUCUUCUGGGAGCGCUCUGCUGCGCACGAGAGGGGCGCGAGUGACGUCACGGUCCCUGAGUGGACGAGGUGUGCACGAGAGCUGUACCUGUGACGGACACGCUGUCCCCACCUGAAAACAGCAGCCUAAUUAAACAGUUUAAUAGUGAUUCAGGCAGUGUUUCACUCAGCAGGUGCGCUGCUUGGUUCACACACAUUUAGAAGGCUGUGAGAAAAAACACAAAAAGCAAAUCUAACUGAUGAAGCAGUUUCCUUCUGAUGAUGACAUGAAACGAUUGACAAAAUCCAAGUUCCUCGUUGGUAAAGCAAACAAAGGGGAAGCUGAAGCGCUUAGACACUUUUGCCCUGGAGACAGAGAAGUGAACAGACACUGAUAGAAGACAACAGAAAAAGCACCAAAGCCCUGCAGAAACAUUAACUAGAGAAAAGGACAGUGGAGCUACAGGAAGAUGGACAUCAAUGGUGGGCUCAUAGCACAUCAACAAAGCUACUGCUGCUUACUAAUCAUUGUUUGCAUGAGAGGUGUUCUAGCUGGUGAUUGGUCAGUUCACCUCCCCUCCAGUCCCAUAUGUGCUGUGGUUGGCUCUUCAGUAGUCCUGUCUUGUUCCUAUGACUACCCACUUAGCUCUGACCAAUUCAAAGCAGAUGGCCCACUCUCUGCUCAGACAGGAGGCAAUGAAAAGGGACUGGAAUACAAAGUUUUGUCUGAGAUGUGGUGUCUUGGAGACAGCCGCUGUAUUACAGAAAGAUAUGUGUUCCACAGUGCCGGUAUCUUCCCUGAUCCAUCAUAUGAGAACCGAGUGGAGUAUCUAGGACAGCCUGGAACCAAGAACUGCUCUUUAAGGAUUUCUGAUCUCAAAGAGUCAGACAGUGGAACCUACGUGUUCUACCUCAUUACCAACCAUACGACUGAGAAGAUGCCUCCACAGACUGGAAUACAACUCUUAGUAGCAGCAGAUUCCUUCGGAGCUGUUGCAGUCUCAGCAGGUCCAUCCCAUAUUGUGUCUGAGGGUGCUGCAUUAAGCCUGGCUUGUUGUAGCCCAGCAGCCACUGCACAAAGCCAGUUCACCUGGUACAAGAGCACAGAGAGCAGAGUUUUACAUGCUGGACAGGUGUGGAUUAUCCGUGACGUCACACCUGAAAAAUCUGGAAACUACCACUGCCAAAUGAAGACUGGAAAUGACAUGCAAAAAUCUAACUUUCUGGCCAUUAAUGUGCAUUACCCACCUAGAAACACAAGUAUCUCCAUCUUAGGAGCCCAAGACGAUUAUCCUGUGACUCUGACCUGCAGCAGUGAGGCAAACCCACCGGUGGACACCUAUGUCUGGUACCAGGGUGAAGCCUGUCGACCGACUGCAGACAAAAGCUUUCAUCCAGGAAGGCGAACCAAGGCUACACUAACAGGAAGAGGCCCAACAUUCAGCAUGGCCAACUUUACCACUGAGACGUAUGGACAGCACUGCUGUGUGGCACGCAACAGACAUGGAUCUGACAGCAUGACUUUCAGCAUAACAGAUUCCAGAGCAAAAACUCCAUCAGACUCAUUGAGAGGAAAAACGGUCCUAAUUGGAGUAACUGUUGGGAUUCUGGCUAUUGUUGUUGCUACAGUUGCCUUUCUGAUGAUGAGAGGGAAGAAGAAAGCCAGACAUCGCUCAUAUGUCCUGACUGGGACAACUGUCACAGAAUCUUGAUGACACAGAUUGAAAGCAGACAUUUUUUAUACUGCAACUCAAAUGUGAAGAGCUAAUGGAUACAUGAGGGGACCAACACGUGUCUGAUCAUCCUGCACCAUGACUCCAUCUUUGCAGUUACAUAAUAUACCAACUUAUUAUCGACACAAAACCCAACAAUAAGGCUUCAUAUUCAUCUUUUUUAACUAAGGAUUUUAAUUAUAAAUUGAAUAAUGUUUUUGAAUAAAAGUAGUUAUACAUAUGUGUUCUUAAAGUAAAAAAAAAAAUUAUAUACAGUAGAUAUAUAUAAAUGUGUGUGUGUGUGUGUGUACUUU